AUGUCUGGAGCUCAGCCAAACGACGGUGGCGAAGGAAAUGACAAUUCCUUGCGGCCAAUUAACAGUGACAUCUCGAAGCCAACAAAAAGACAACGUUGGGCCACCCGGCGCAUGGGAAAUUCGAGCGGCCUGAAGAAACGGGUCUCCAUCGUCGAUCGCUUUCACAAACGAGAUGUUUCUGGCGCGGAAAAACGAAACUCGGCUGGAAGUAGCACUGACGAUGGCGAAACCCCAGCCGUCCAGCCCGCGCGGCGCAUAUAUUUCAACAUGCCCAUACCCGACAGUGAACGCGACGAGGAUGGCAAUUUGAAGAUUGACUUCCCGCGAAAUAAAAUUCGUACCGCGAAGUAUACGCCACUUUCUUUCGUGCCCAAAAACCUAUGGUUCCAGUUUCAAAACAUCGCAAACUUGUAUUUCUUGUUUAUCAUCGUUCUAGGCUUCUUUCCUAUCUUCGGUGUCACCGAUCCUGGCUUGAACGCCACGCCCCUGAUUGUCAUUCUUGUCUUGACAGCGAUUAAAGACGCCAUUGAGGACUGGCGACGUACAAUGCAGGAUAACCAGCUGAAUAAUUCUCCCGUCUAUCGACUGACCGAUUGGACCAACGUCAAUGCAGUUGAAGAGCAUGUCUCUUCGUGGCGCCGUUUCAAGAAGGCCUGUACGCGCACUGUAGUCUCUAUUUACCGAUCGAUGAAGAAAUCCAAGAACAAGGAUCCCGUGGAUGAUGAGGCAAAUGUUGAGGACGACAGGCGGAUUUCCAUGGCAACCUAUCGCCAAUCCGUGUACUCUAUGCGACAAUCUUACGGCCCCGAAGACGCUAUCCAAAUGACCCCAGUAUCAUCUCCACAUCCGCACAGUGACAGCCAGGGAAUCGCAUGGCCUGAUGGUCCGAAUGAUGCAAAUAAAAACAUACAGACCGGUAAGGCGGUGCGGGACAGUGUUGCUCCCGGUGGGAAGAGGGCCGGCACUGUUGUGGACCCCUUAAAACAGACCGCCGGGACGGCGCGCUUCAAACGAGAUCACUGGAAGAGUGUGAAAGUUGGCGAUUUCGUUCGACUGUACAAUGGGGACGAGAUCCCAGCUGAUAUUGUCGUUCUCUCCUCUUCCGACCCUGAUGGAGCCUGUAAUAUCGAAACUAAGAACUUGGAUGGCGAGACGAAUCUGAAAGUACGACAAGCGCUUCAGUGUGGACGUCUAGUCAAGCACGCUCGAGAUUGUGAAAAGUCCUCCUUCUUUAUCGAGAGCGAGGCUCCCAAUGCAAAUCUUGAACACUAUAACGCGGCCAUCCGAUGGCAGCAGCGAGACGAGGCAGAUCCAAACGGCCCUCUUAAGGAUAGAGUGGAGCCCAUCGGCGUCAAUAACCUACUUCUCCGUGGCUGCAGUCUCCAGAAUACCGAAUGGAUUCUAGGCGUCGUUGUUUUCACCGGUCCCGAGACAAAGAUUAUGCUGAACUCUGGAAGUACUCCCAGUAAAAGACCGGCACUUGCUCGGCAGAUGAAUUACAAUGUUAUUCCCAACUUCGUUAUUCUCUUUGCUCUGUGUUUGGUCAACGGUAUUGCCAAUGGCAUAUUCUGGUCUCAACAAGGCUCUUGGACCUUCUUUGAAUAUGGCUCCUACGGCGGUACUCCACCAGUGGAAGGUAUCGUCGCGUUUUUUGCGGGACUUAUCUUGUACCAGACCUUCGUGCCUAUAUCUCUUUAUAUCACUCUGGAAAUUAUUCGGUCUUGCCAGGCACUGUUCAUUUUGUAUGACUUGGAAAUGGUCUACGAACGCCUCGGCACGGGCUGUGUCCCUCGGUCGUGGAACAUCUCUGAUGACGUUGGCCAGAUUGAGUAUAUUUUCUCAGACAAAACCGGAACUCUGACACAGAAUGUUAUGGAGUUCAAGAAGUGUACCAUCAAUGGUGUUUCGUAUGGCGAAGCUUACACUGAAGCGCAGCUAGGCAUGCAGCGUCGCGAAGGUCUCGAUGUUGAAGCGGAGGCUGCCAAGGCUCGCCAGGCAAUCGCAGAGGCCAGAGUGCGCACGCUACAGCUUUUCAGAGAGAUCCACGACAAUCCAUAUCUGAUCGAUGACAAGCUGACCUUUGUCUCACCUGACUUUGCAACCGAUCUUGCUGAUCAAUCGAAUCGCGAUCAAGCGCAGGCUAUUGAAAGCUUCAUGGUUGCUCUCGCUCUCUGUCACACUGUCAUUACCGAGCAUACCCCCGGUGAUCCGCCGCAGAUAGAAUUUAGGGCCCAGUCCCCCGACGAAGCAGCUCUGGUCGCCACUGCUCGUGACUGUGGCUUUACCGUGUUGGGCAGGAAUGACGAUGACUUGAUUGUUAACGUCUUGGGCGAAGAGCGUGCAUACACUGUCCUCAAUCUAUUAGAAUUCAACUCAACAAGGAAACGAAUGAGCGCAAUCAUUCGCAUGCCCGAUGGUACCAUUCGACUUUUUUGCAAGGGUGCAGACAGCGUCAUUUACAAACGACUUGCGCGUGGCCAGCAGCAAGCCCUUCGAAAGACUACUGCUAAUCAUCUCGAAGAAUUUGCUCGAGAAGGUCUACGAACUCUCUGUAUUGCCGAACGUAUUCUUAGUGAAGAGGAAUACCAUGCUUGGAACGAAACGUAUGAUUUAGCUGCUGCUGCUCUUGUUGACCGCGAUGAUAAACUGGAAGAAGUCUCCAGUGCAAUCGAACAAGAGCUGAUGCUCUUGGGUGGUACUGCUAUUGAAGAUAGAUUGCAAGACGGCGUGCCGGAUACUAUCUCGUUGCUAGCCCGUGCCGGUAUCAAGCUAUGGGUCCUAACUGGCGACAAAGUCGAAACUGCUAUCAACAUUGGAUUUUCGUGCAAUCUCUUGAACAAUGAGAUGGAACUGAUCGUGUUCAACGUUCCUGCCGACAAACCCGAUGUUGCAGCCUCUGAAUUACAGAAGUACUUGGAUCGGUUCGGUAUUACAGGCUCGGACGAAGAGUUGAUCGCUGCCCGCAAAGACCACACACCACCUGCUGCCACCCAUGCAUUGAUUAUUGAUGGAGACACACUGAGACUUAUGCUUGACGACGAAUUGAAGCAGAAGUUUUUGCUUUUGUGCAAGCGAUGCAAGUCUGUUCUUUGUUGCCGUGUGAGCCCUGCACAGAAGGCCGCCGUUGUCCGAAUGGUGAAGACUGGAUUAAACAUCAUGGCCUUAUCUAUAGGCGAUGGUGCCAACGAUGUGGCUAUGAUUCAAGAAGCAGAUGUCGGUGUCGGUAUUGCCGGUGAGGAAGGAAGACAGGCAGUCAUGUCAUCUGAUUAUGCUAUCGGCCAAUUUCGGUUUUUGCAACGUCUCAUGCUUGUACAUGGCCGAUGGGCUUAUCGACGCCUUGGAGAGGCUACUGCCAAUUUCUUCUAUAAAACAAUUGUGUGGACUGUCGCUCUGUUUUGGUAUUCCCUCUUCAACAGUUUCGAUGGAUCCUAUCUUUAUGAUUACACCUAUGUCGUCUUGAUCAACUUGGCUUUUACCUCACUUCCUGUUAUCUUCAUGGGAAUUUUCGACCAGGAUGUUGAUGAUAAAGUGUCUCUAGCCGUCCCUCAGUUAUACAUGCGCGGCAUUGAGCGCAAGGAAUGGGGACACCUGAAGUUCUGGCUUUACAUGAUCGACGGCCUGUAUCAGUCCGUGAUGGCUUUCUUUAUGCCUUAUCUGUUAUACAACGUUGCUACCUUUCAUCGCGGGGACGGACUGAAUCUGGAUGCCCGUCAACAGUUUGGAAUCCUGGUUGCUUCCGCGGCAAUAAUUUCAAGCAACGUUUACGUUUUGCUGAAUUCUUAUAGGUGGGAUUGGUUAACUGUCGUGAUCAACCUAUUUAGCAAUCUCCUCCUUUAUUUCUGGACCGGUGUUUACUCCUCUACAACUGCUUCUGCUCAGUUUUACAACUUUGGGGCAGAAGUAUUCGGGUCUUUGGCUUAUUGGACAGUGCUUCUGGUCACUGUCGUGAUUUGUCUUCUCCCCCGAUUUGCCAUCAAAGCGUUUCAAAAGGUUUUCUUUCCCACAGAUGUGGAUAUUAUCCGUGAGCAGGCGACACAAAAUAAGUUCGCUCAUUUGGAGGAAUCUGAGGCGUCUGACCCUUCCCAAACGGUCAUCGAAGGCGAAGGUUCCGCAGGCAGUGAUGCUUCUUCAGUGGUUAAACCCAUCGAGCCCCAGGUGAGGCAUACACCCAAUGUCUUUGAGGAUGAGCGGCACUUUUACCCGCCCUCUAUCGCACCGACAACCACCACUCACAAUCCACGUAGUCAAAACGGUAGCGGCGGCACAACCUUUACAGCGGAUAGCUUUGAUUUCAGCGGAAAUCAAGGAAAUGAAGGACAUCUCAGCUCGUGGGACCCUGCACGGGAACCAGGGCUCACCAUACACCAUAAUAACCGGGAAAGAUCCUCGGUGACCAGCAAUGACUUUCCCAACGGCAAUCCAUUGCUGCGAAUCGAAUCCUCCAGUGGGAAACCCCAAACUCCUCACAGUCCGUUGAGGAACCCGCAUGAUGUACAUGCUGUAUAG